CAAGGCAAAAUCCAAUAUACUACUCUCCUUUUGCGAAGUUUCUGCUAACUUCUUUCUCCCCAUUUUCUGUGCCAUGGAGAUCGACACCGUAACCAACGGAAACUCUGACGCCGUCAUGACGGAAACCGCCCCUACGAUCACUCCUUCACCGGUCGUACCGUCGUCGAGGUCGAGUCAAUUGACGGAAUCCCUCAAGCUUGAGCACCAGCUCCUCCGUGUACCUUUCGAGCAUUACAAGAAGACGAUCCGUGCCAAUCACCGUUCUUUCGAGAAAGAGGUCUCUACCGUUGUCUCCAGCGUCGGAGAUUUGGCUGAUUCCGAUUGGUCUAAAGACGCCACCGUUUCGCGUCUCACCAGCCUUGUUUCUCGAUUACAAGGCCUCAAACGAAAGUUGGAAGAAGGGAGCAAUGUGGAGAAUUUGCAAGCCCAGAGAUGUCGUGCUCGCAUUGAUCAUUUGGAUUCAGUAGAUGUGGAAAAUAUCACUGAAUGGAACAACACAAAAUUGAAACGGAUUCUUGUGGAUUACAUGCUUCGGAUGUCAUAUUUCGAGACUGCUACAAAGCUUUCAGAGAGCAGCAAUAUUUUGGACCUUGUCGACAUUGACAUAUUUCGAGAAGCUAAGAAGGUGAUUGAUGCCCUUAAAAAUAGGGAGGUAGCUUCUGCAUUGACAUGGUGUGCUGAUAAUAAAACGCGGUUGAAAAAGUCAAAGAGCAAAUUUGAGUUCCAACUAAGGCUGCAAGAAUUCAUCGAGAUGGUACGAGUUGAUACAGCUGAAAGCUACAAACAAGCAAUCUCUUAUGCUCGAAAGCAUCUGGCACCAUGGGGAGCAACCCAUAUGAAUGAAUUGCAGCAUGUUCUGGCCACUUUGGCUUUUAAAAGUACUACAGAGUGCUCCAAAUAUAAGGUUUUGUUUGAACUACGACAGUGGGAUGUUUUAGUUAAUCAGUUUAAACAAGAAUUUUGCAAGUUAUAUGGCAUGACAAUGGAACCCUUAUUGAACAUCUACUUACAAGCAGGCUUGUCUGCACUGAAAACCCCAUAUGGUUUUGAAGAAGGUUGUACCAAAGAGGACCCGCUCUCACAAGAGAACUUCCGGAAGCUAGCUUUGCCUUUACCUUUCUCCAAGCAGCACCAUUCAAAGCUUGUUUGCUAUAUUUCGAAAGAGCUAAUGGACACAGAGAAUCCACCACAGGUGCUGCCCAACGGCUAUGUCUACAGUACCAAGGCUCUCAAGGAAAUGGCGGAAAAAAAUGGAGGUAGAAUAACAUGUCCAAGGACGGGGUUCGCCUGUGACUACACGGAGUUAGUUAAGGCAUAUAUAUCAUGAACCAAGAUGCGCUUUGGUUGCCUUUUUAAUGGAUGACUGUGAGGUCAGUAUUAAGACCAAAGAAACUGAAAAUUCCAACUUUCUCCGUUGCUAGCUUUGUGAAUAUGCACUUACAGAUAAAACUUUGCAUCACUAUUGUAGAAACAGCUCUUUCCUUUGUAUAUCAAGCUAUUUCUUCAUUUCAGUCUUAUGACAAUUUUCUAGUCAACAUGGUUUCAGUGGAAGCAAGUUUGGCUGCGUUUCUCUGAUAUGUAUCCAUGUUGAUUUUCUGCUAA